AUGGACGCCUCCGACCUCAUCGAGGACGAAGCCGCCAUUGCGCAGCAGAAACUCUCCAACGAGGAGUACAAGAUUUGGAAGAAGAACUCUCCGUUCCUCUACGACCUCGUUGUCACUCACGCACUCGAAUGGCCCUCCCUAACAUGCCAAUGGUUCCCUGACAAAGAGUCCCCCGCAGGUCAGUCCUACACGCAACACCGUCUGCUUCUCGGCACGCACACAUCCGGUCAGGACCAGAACUACCUCCAGAUCGCUCAAGUCCAGCUUCCGAACACCGGCGCCGACGGACCGUCCAACUCUGCCGAGAGCCGACUCGACCUCAAGCAGUACGACGAGGACAAGGGCGAGAUUGGCUCCUACUCCGCGACGACCGCGCGAUUGACGGUGGUGCAAAAGAUCAACCACGAUGGCGAGAUCAACCGGGCUCGGUACUGUCCUCAGAAUCCGGAUCUGAUUGCGACGCGGACGGUGACGGGCAAGACGUAUGUUUUCGAUCGAACGAAGCAUUCGAACACGCCGAGUGCGGAUGGGGUUUGUCGACCGGAUAUCAUCCUGGAAGGGCAGGAGGCGGAGGGAUAUGGGUUGUCCUGGUCCCCUCUGAAGCAGGGGCACAUCCUGGCUGCGAGUGAGGACACAACCGUCUGCCACUGGGACAUCAACAACUACACCAAGGGGAACAAUACCCUGCAACCCACGGCGACGUAUACGGGUCACACGUCGAUCGUCGAAGACGUUGCAUGGCACCAUCAUCACGAAUCGCUCUUCGGUUCGGUUGGAGAUGAUCGACAGCUUCUGCUGUGGGACACGCGCGAGUCGCCCUCAGCCCCCAAGUAUCGCGUCGAGGCCCACACGGGAGAGGUCAACACCCUCGCGUUCAGUCCCGAGAACGAAAAUAUCCUGGUGACCGGUUCGUCGGACAAGACCGUCGCCGUGUGGGAUGUGCGCAAUCUCAAAGUCAAGCUCCACUCGCUCGAGUCUCACACGGACGAGAUUUUGAGCGUUUGCUGGAGUCCACACCACCCAACGGUGCUGGCGAGCGCCAGCGCGGACAGGAGGGUCAACGUGUGGGAUCUCAGCAAGAUCGGCAUGGAACAGACCCCCGAGGACGCAGAGGAUGGCCCACCCGAAUUGAUCUUUGUUCACGGAGGUCAUACCAGUCGUCCGACGGAUUUGGGUUGGAGCCCACACAUGGAGUGGGCACUCACCAGUGCUGCAGAGGAUAACAUCGUCAUGGUCUGGAGACCGAGUAAGGCCGUGAUCGAUACGGGCAAUGAGGAGGUUAGCGCCGAGGACCUCGAGUAG